AUGCCGCGUCGAGACCGGACACCUGAAGAAUCCAGAGCGCAACUCCCGCCUCGCGCUGAACACUCACCACACGGUGCGCGUAGUCACAAGCGCCAUCAUCAAUCACACCGCUCGCGCUCUCCUCGCCGCGAUGACGACAGCCACCGACACAAACGGACGCGGACGCGAUCGCGUUCGCCUACGCGGAAACCUGCAGAUUUGCCGUACAAGGCAAAGCCGCUAUCGAAACGCCAGUAUGACGAGUACCGACCGCUGUUUCAGUCAUACCUGGAUAUACAAAAGCAGAUUCAACUAGACGAUCUUGAUGAGCGGGAAGCAAAGGGACGAUGGAAGAGUUUCGUCAGUCGAUGGAAUCGUGGAGAGUUGGCCCGCAGCUGGUACGACCCAUCCAUGCUCAAGACGGCGCAAGAAACAGUGCAGUCAUACCGUGCAUCGUCCGCCCAAGCCCCGGCCAAACGAGCGUCGCCCAGCUAUGCGGCUAAAGAAGGUGCCGAAGAUGACAGCGAUGAUGAAUUUGGUCCAGCACUACCGAGAGAUCUGGCGCAACAUGCUGGCCAUGGGCCAACCAUACCCAGACUCGACGACCUAACAUAUCGCAAUGAGUUGCGAGAUGAAGACCGGGCUCGAGGCCAGUCUGAGUAUAUGGAUGACCUGCGCUAUUCCCGUAAAGCCGACCGCAAAGCGCAGAAGGAGCGUCUAGACGAAUUGGUUCCACGUGCCGAUCCGGGUAGCCGCGAACGACAACUAGAAAAGAAGCGCGAGACGACUUCUACACUGCAGUCAUUCCGCGAAGCCAAGGAAUCGGGAGAUGCUGAAGUUGCGGAAUCAGAUCUCAUGGGCGACGAUGGCAUUGACGUUUACAAGAAGAAGAAACGGGAGCAAGAGCGGCAGAAGAAUGAAAGGGAGAUACAGCGUGAGGAGAUUGCAAGGGCGAGGGAUGCAGAGAGGAAUGAAAGGUUGGCGGAGAGGAGGGAAAAGGAAAGCAAGACUAUGGAGUUUCUCAAGCAGAUUGCACAGGAGAGAUUCGGAUAG